AUGAAAGUUGCUUUCAUUAUUCUGUAUAUAUUUAGCGUUCUAUUAGAUUUAUCCCUGGCGGUCGGCAAUUUAAAGGAUUUCCUCGAUGGAUCAGCAAAAGAAAUUGAAGGACUCACACAUGUUACAUUAAACGACACAUCGGAAGGGACAGAAAAAGUGGAAGAAUGGGUCAAGGACGAAUGGCGCGAAUGGAUGGACGAAAUGCAAAUGGACUGGAAUGAAUUCAACAACUACCUCGAAAGCGAAAAAAACAAGUGGUUUGGAAAAAAAGAAAAGGAAAUGAUAAAAUUUAUCAAGUCCAUAGAAGACAUAUGGCUCCAUUUUAAUGAAAAUAUGAAUGAAAUGCUUAGUUAUGGCAUUUUAAGAAAUUCCUUAAUGUGGACCUUCUCUGAGUGGCAAGAACGGAUUAACAAUGAUGGCAAACGUAUUAUAGAAGACCAAUGGGAUAACUGGACCACUUCAAAUCAAACACUUUACUAUAAAUUAAUUAUGAAAGAAUGGUUUAAAUGGAAAAACAAAAAAAUUAAACAGUGGCUUAAACGUAACUGGUUACACCAUGAAGGUAGAAUUUUAGAAAAUUGGGAGCGUAUGCCAUACACUAAAAUUUUAGCUAUGUCUGAGAAAAAACCCUGGUUCAAUUCGAAUGCACAAAUCAUUAAUGAACAGGACUCCUUGCUCAACUGGAUUAAGAAAAAGGAAGAUUUCUUAGUAAGCGAAGAACGCAAUAAGUGGAAAAAUUGGGAAUACUACAAGAACAAUUUCUUUCAGAAGUGGAUGGACUCCUUUCUUAGCCACUUGCUAAAUUUAAAAAAACAGGAUAUAUUCAAGAGCAUUAGCAAUUUCCGUAACCCCCCCCCAAGGAAUUUAAAGUUGUAUUUAAGUGGCUACUUGAAUGAUGGUGUAAGUGUACCACAAAAUACGAAGCACAUUAUGUUGUCAUACUUCAAACCUUUCUCCGCCGUUCCAAGACUAAUCCUUGCCUUAUUUUUACUUUCUCUAUUUUUCUGUUCAAAUGAAGCCUCAGCAGCUUUUAGGGCGGUUCUGGACCAAUCUAUAAGUUACCUAUCCAAUGCAUUAGAAAGUGCACAACAACCAGAAACAAGAUCAGACCAAUGGAGACAAAAUGAAUGGAAUAAGUGGGAAGAUAAACUCGAAGAAGAAUGGGAAGAAUUCGAUGAAAAUUUAGAAGAAGAAAAGGAUGAACUGCUCAAAAUGAAUGAAGAAGAAUGGGGACCAUGGUUCGAAGAAAUCAAAAAAAAAUGGACAACAAAUUUCGGGAAAAAUUUAGAUGACGAAUAUAAAUUGGAAGUUUUAAAAGAAUCUUUAUAUUGGAAUGAAGUGACUUGGAAAACAUGGAUUAAAACAGAAGGAAGAGCAUUUAUACAAAAAGAUUUGGUAAAAUGGAUUGCUUCAAAAGAGUCCUAUUUAUAUCGAUGGGUUUCAAAAGAAUGGACCGAAUGGAAAAAUGAAAAAAUUCAAGAAUGGUUCAACAGUAAAUGGAAGCGUGAAGAAAAUGAAUACUGGACGAAAUGGGAAAAGAAAUUCAAGCAAUCAAAAAAUUCAUCCAAAAUGAUAAAUUCAAAAGAUCACGAGAAGUGGCUCAAGUGGAAAGAAACAACGCAGCACGAACUUAACAAUUGGCAUGAAUGGGCAGAGUUUAAAGAUAACAUUUAUAUAAACUCGGACUGGGCGAAAUGGAAGCAGUGGAAAAAUACGAAACGGACGUUGUUUUACGAUUGGGUGGAUUCUUAUGUGUACAAAUGGAUAAGGGAACAGCAGUGGACUGCUUUAAUAGAUGAAAUAAAAGAAUUAGUUCCUCUCAAAAAUGAGUGA